GCAUAGGACCUGAUCGCCAUGUACGUGGCAAAAGUGAUUGUGCUAUUCAUGAUGACGUUGUUUCCAAUAGCUAAUGUGCGCGGUGUCGAUCGAAAUGUCAGAGAUACAACGUUCUCCGGGUUUGCGUAUGAGAUGGUAAUUACAAAAUUAGAGCUUUUACUGGACAAAUGGAACGAAAUGGAAGCUGCAAUGAAGCAGGAUCGAGAAAAAGUUGAUCAAAAACUGGCUGGCGUCACUCGUACUAUAAGCCAACUGGAGAAAACGAUGAACCAUAGCCUCACCAAACAGCAGACUCAGCUGAACCAAAUGCACACUGAGCAAACAGUCCACGCCAAGCAAAAAAAGAUGAGACAGGAGAUCCAAAAGCUCGUCUCAAAGAAUGAUCUAGCUCGGUUUAGAGUCAGUUCAGGCUUGUAUCUCCAGAGUAUCUCGUCGCGAUCAUGCAAGGAAGAGCCAUCAAAGGAAUCGGGCAAGUACAUUUUACAACCAACCGAGAGGGAUGAACCAUUUGUGGGAUAUUGCGAACAGACUGCCUACGGAGGAGGUUGGUUGGUGUUCCAGUAUCGUUACGACGGAUCAGUGGACUUUUACCGCAACUGGACCGAGUAUCGGGACGGAUUUGGCAGCAUCGAUGGAGAGUUCUGGCUCGGAUUGGAGCAGUUACACCGUUUGACGGCGGCUCGGAAGCAUGAACUGCUGGUGGAGCUGAAAGACUUCGAUGGAAACUACAAGUACGCACGGUAUGAAGAGUUCAAGAUUGGCAAUGAGAAGGAUCAAUAUCCGUUAGCGAAACUGGGAUCAUACACGGGAACGGCAGGAGACUCAUUGCAUGCCCACAAGGGCAUGAAGUUCUCGACCAAGGAUCGGGACAAUGAUAAAAGUGAUUCAAAGUGUGCUGUGUUUAAAAAGGGAGCAUGGUGGUAUAAGAGUUGUUACAGUUCAAAUCUUAAUGGAUUUCAUAAAAAUGGUAUGGAAGGAUACAGAAUUGUUUGGGCCACCUACAAUUCAUCUCGGGUAGGUUUGGCAUACUCAAGAAUGUUGAUUCGCGAGAAGUAACGGUGGGCGAAGUAUAAUUUCCAUCAGAUGAAACAAAGUUGUGGAACACAAAUGCCAAUUCCGAAGCCAAAGUGUAACAGACAGUUUACUGCAAUCAAAUUGUUUUGUAAUUUGUUGAGAUAAAUGUUACGUGGUAUUGUUUACGUGUCUUUACAAGCCAAACUAUGAGUGUUAACAACCAGUCAUACAAUUGAAUGUACAUUCAUAUUAAAGAUGAGAAAGAAAGCAAUCCGGCACGGUGAAUGUGCUAAAGCGUUUUAGCGUUUCAUAAUGUUUAGUGUUUCGUUGAAGGAGAUCCUCCAAAAAUAUCUACACCUAUACCCAUAACAAGUCGCAACAGAACGCCACAUCGUCGUACACAACAAGGAGUUUGGGUGAGAGUGUACUCUUCGAUAAAAAAUAAAUUGAAUAUUACAUAGAUUAA